AUGCAUGAAGAAGACUACAUUUGUGAGCCUGUAGAUUAUGAAGCAGCCCUGUCGUCUUGGGAGAAUGAUCGGGUCUCCCACCCUGGAGAUCGGAUCACGGACCUCCAUGCGUUAUCUUUCAAGAUGACAGCAAGUGCCAGAGAAGCGGGCAGGAUAUUUCAGAUCGGUGGAAGGGCUAAGAUCGAAGAGAUUGUCGAAAGUGGUUCACAUGAGGAGGCUGCAAAGUUGUUGCGCUCAGACCGUAAUCCACUUCAACGGCUCAAACGUCUACUCGAGGUUUUACAACUGCAGGACGUACCAACAUAUAGGGAUCUUACGGAUGAAACCUCGGAAGUGGUGCAAGCUGUUCAAUACUACAACCUGCGCAUACAUACAGCAUACAAGGCAGCUGGAGAGUUAGCACCUAAUCCUGCACUUGUGCCUUUCCCUCAACAGGCCUUGCAUCUGCUCACCCCGGCAAUCCACCAUACGCUAGUCUGCCUGUCCCUCAAUCAUUUUAUCCAUACUUCACCGUUGGGAAUCGACCGUGCAGUGCUAGCUCCCAAUCGGUGGAAGGUAUAUCACCACCGUGGAGCAGCUUUGCGGGCAUUAGGACAGCACAUUGGCCAAGACAAGACAAGAUGUUCGGAUAUGACAAUCACUACCAUUCUCAUGUUCAUGUGCUUGGAGCUCCAGAAUCCUUCUUUUGCAGACUGGCGUUCACAUGUGAAUGGCAUGAAGCGAAUAGUCGACCUAAGAGGUGGGCCGAAGAAGCUCAUGAAGGAAGCGCCACACUUGGUACCAUCGUUGGUACUUUACCUACUUAUUGUGUCCGUGGCCAACACGUGCAGUCCGUCGUGGGACCAAGUUGAGAUCAACAGCACUGCAGAUGAUGUGACCGAGGACAUCACCAGUAUCUACAGUCUCAUCUUUCCAUACACGCUCUGUCCACCCGAGCUGUUCACCGAGAUGCUGCAUAUAAACCGACUGCGCGCCAAAGCAUCUGCGGCAGUCUUGCAGUGUGAUUUUGAUGUAGACCACACAUUGAAGGCUUAUGAUCUGCUUGCUCGCAUCGAGGCCUUCUCGGUUGAAGAUUGGGCACAACCCGGCACCUUUUACAAUGAAUGGUUGAUUGUUGGCACAGUGUACAAGUCCGCCCUCGCACUGUACGCCAUCUUAUCCUUGGGCUCGCUCACUGUCCUCCCAGCAGAUGCUUCACUGCUUGACAUGCAAACAGUUCACGGCGAUAUCCUACUCCGCAAUCUGCGCACAGCACUCAAGGAUCCGCGUAUAGCUAGAUUCAUGGCAUGGCCGCUGGUGGUGGUGGGUGUAGAAGCUAUAUACCGUGGAGAGGCAACGAGGGACUGGAUCGGAGCAAGUUUGGAGGAGUUGAGCAGGACGCUAGGUACGAGUGGUCCGAUCAAGGCGUGUUCGGUAUUGAGGAGGUAUUGGAAGGGCGGGGUUUCAGGGUGGGAUGAGUGUUUCGAUCGGCCGUAUGUGUUUGUCAUCUAG